UUAAUUAUUAGAUCUAGCUCUAGAUUCUAGAUACAGUUUUAAGUCUUAGAUCUAGACCAUGAAAAAACCUUCUAGAUACGAAUCUUGAUUAGAUUUCUAACUUACAACUUGUAUUUGACCUACAUGUUACUUUAUUGUUGUUUUUUUUAAAGUGAAGACUAGAUCUAGCUAUAUCUAUUAGAUAAAGAUUAAGUCUCAUAUGCUUAAAAUAUGCAGCAACAGAGAUAUGUAGAUUUUAGAUGUUAUCUAGAUCUAUUCUAUAGAGUCUAGAUGAGAUCUAGAAUGACCUAAGCUACUAAGCCUAAGUAUUAUGUAGGCUAGACUCUAGAUCUAGUCACACUCUAAUCUGAGACAUCAUCCAGAUUUUGUAUAUAAUAUAUAAUAGAUCUAUAUAGCCAUAGAUCUAGAUAUAGAAUACUAGACCUUGAAGGCUUGAGUAAUAAUAAUACACCUAGCAGGAACAUCCUGGGGAGCUGAAAAGAAAACCUUAAGACAGUUAUACACUGGAUAUGUCAGAUCUGUAAUGGAUAACUGUCUCUCUAUACAAGUAGCUACCAACAAAACCUAUCAAUCAUCAUUAAAUACAAUCCAAAACCAAGCCUUACGGUUAAAUAGUGGAGGUAUGAGAACUACUCCCACAGCAGCCUGUGAAAUAGACUCCAAUAUUGAACCUCUUAAGUUAAGGCGCAACAGAGCAGCAUUAGAAGCUAUUGAGAGAUACAGAAGGUUGGAGGACGAUCAUCCAAAUAAAUUACUAACACAGAGAAAUAGGAAAAACAACCAAAAAAAGCAAAGGACUCUGAUCCAACUUACUGACGAACUAGCCCUAAAACACCACCUACCCAAUAACAGAGAAAAAAUUACCAGGUUUUCAAACAUUACACCCGGACUAAACCACAAACAACCAACCAUCAAAACACAUUUACUAAAUAACACCUUAACAAAAGAAUCAAAUCCACUGGAGCUCAAAGUAGGCACGCUUGAAAUAAUCGAAAGCUAUCAAAAAACAGCUAUCCAUAUUUAUACAGACGGAUCGGCUUUCAAAGCUACCAUCAAUGCUGGUCUUGGUGCCUUCCUGGUCUUCCCUAAAAAUAAACACUUUGAGAUAAGCGCACCCUGUGGUGAUUACUGCUCAAACUUCCAAGCCGAAAUUGAGGCAAUUACCAUAGCACUCCAGACAGUGGAAAACAAAUUAUAUGAAGGAGUGCAACCACCAUCAGAUAUUGUUGUCUUUACAGACUCCCAAUCUACUCUGCAAGCACUUAACAGCAGCACCUCAAACAGCCCAAGAGAGUUGACAACACUCAUUGUGAUAAUCCACCAGAUGAUAUCAAAAUUAAAUAUCAAUAUUACACUACAGUGGAUCCCUGGACACAUUGACAUCAUGGGAAAUGAAAAGGCAGAUAAGCUAUCAAAGGCAGGUUCAUCUAUGGAACAACCAGAUAGACCUGUUAACUACCUCACCCUAAGGUCAAUGUUAGUCAACAAUCACAAAGAGGAGUGGCUCAACCAAUGGGCAUCAGGAAACACAGGCAGAGCCAUGUACAGAGAAAUGACUACGCCUAACAAACUGGACAGUAUUAACUUCCUCCCCCGCAAAGAACAAUCUACAAUCUUCCAACUAAGAACAGGACACACACCACUAUUAAAUUACCACCUGAACAAAAUAAACUCCACACAACUACCCCUUUGCAGACAUUGCGCCCACCCCUUUGAAACCGUAAACCAUAUCCUCUUUGAAUGCCCCUCCCUAAUCCACCUUUGGCAGACCCUACUUCCACUACAGCCCAACAUAACCAACACCCUGUACGGCAGUGCUGAACAACUGAAGAAAACAGCACACUUUUUUUCCUUGGCACAGUCUGCAAAAGAGCUCACAGCUCAGCAGCAAUAAAGCUGGCUAGAAGAAGAAGAAGAAGAAGAAGGCUUGAGUAAAGAGUAGAUCUCUAUCACAAUCUAUAUGAAUGUUGUAUAUAUGUCUAGAUAUGCUAACUUAAAUAGCUAGAAUAUAGAUCUAGAAUCUAGUCUAGAUUAGUAGAUCUAGAUCUAAUCUAGGUCUAACAAUAAAAUUGAUUCGGAAUACCUUGAAUUCAUCCUUUGUGAUUGUGUAGGCACUUUCAGUAGAACAAGAUUAUAAGUGAAGAGAUCUGGAUAACACAAGGAGGGCAGCAAAUCAUUUUCUUUAUUAUGAUGGCUUGCUUUCAAAGUGUGGCGAUUUUAUUGUUUACCAUGGAGUUGUCUACUUUUCAAAUUUUACUGACCAAGUUUUUUACAGUGACUGAUCCAUCAGCAGUUUCCGAAGCAGUAACUGAUAUCUCAAAAAAAUAUUGCUUUGCUGAUGGUGUCUGGUCACCUCAGAGGAUCAACAGGAUUUGUUCAUUGAAAGACACUUGAAGAUGUAGGCAGUUAAAGCAAAAGGACUUCUUGCAAUGUUUGUUUCAAGGACCAGACACAAGAGAAUUCGACAACAUAUGUAUCAGAAGAUCAAAAUCAGAAACUGAAAUCUGCCCAUGUAGAGUGUCACCAGAGAAUGUUGACCAUCUCCUCCAAAAUUGCUCUCUUUACCAAGAGGCUGUACAUGACACUGGCCCCAAAACACCCCAAUAGAAAGAAAACUAUAUGGAGAGUUCCCUGAUUUGGAAAUCACUGCAAAAAUAAUCUCAUAUACUGGUCCAGUCAUCUGAAUGCUCCAAUAAAAAAAUGAGAAGGAAGAAGAAAGAAGAUUGUAUGUACCAUUUUUGUUUGAGGAUGGGGAGAAAAGUGAUCUUAGAAUUCAAACACCAAAAGUAUGUGUCUUUAUGAAUUCAAUGUAAUUGAUAGUGGGCUUUUUGGGCUGAAAAUAAAAUGCAAAAAAUUUUAUUGGACUUGCAGAAAAAAAAAGAGUUUUUAGCCAAAAUAAACAAUGUAUAGCCUGAGAACAAAUCAGGGGGAAGAACCAAGGGUAAUGCUAGUAUACUAUAGAAGUAUCUUUUUUUAUCCUUGCAACUUCACUGAUGCAUAACAGUGUCACAAACUGUUUGUUAAUGUGAUAUGAAACAUAAUUUUUUUAUUUUUUUUGUUACACACAGGGUUCGUAGCGCUCCUAAAAACUCCUAAAAUCUCCUAAAAAAUGAAAAGUCUCCUAAAAUCCUAAAAUUCUCCUAAAAAUUGCUGAAAGUCUCCUAAAAUUUUGUCCACUCUCUUAAAAUUUUUACCCAAUAUUUUUUUUUUAAAUAUAAUUUUGCUUAUUUCUUGCUAAAAAUGCGGGGGAAAAAAAAACAACAGCGUAACUAUAGGCAUUCUGAUCGCAUCCCCUUACGGGCUGGCUGUGUUAAUGAGCUGACCAGUGACGCUUCUACACCGCCUUUCACCCACUUGUGAAGCGCGACCUCGUGAUUGAAGAUGGCCUUGGUUCAAGCAAGCAUUUCACCUGGCAGUAUUUUUCUGAAGUCAGCGUAGAAAUGUUUGUUUCCAUUUAUUGUUACCACUAAAGACGCGCUAGAUCUAGUCUGUAGUGAUUAUUGUCUAUAAUUAAAGGAAUUACCAGACUAAUUUGUAGGCUACACCCCUCCGGGCCCUCCCUCACCUAAAAUCUUCUUCUUGUAAGUGUAAGAGUGACUUCGCGUGGAAAGUCGGUAAAUUUUCUAGAUCUAGCUAGUAUCUAGUAAUAGUAUCUAGAUUUAGAUUUAGAUCUAAGUUAGAUCUAGUGACGAUAAUUCGCGACUAACCUGAAAACUCAGUGAAUUUUAGUCAAUUUAAUGAUCUCGAUAUAUCUAAUGUCUAGAUUACUUUACGCUAGAUUCUAGAUUUACGCUAAAGAGUCUAGUGAAGAUAAUUAGCACAAAGAAAUGAAAAGUCCGCAAAUUUUAGUGACUUAGAUCUAGACUCUAGAUCUACGGUAUAUCCAGUGAAGAUAAUUCGCAUACUGCCGCGAAAAGUCCGCAAAUUUUAGUGACUUAGAUCUAGACUCUAGAUCUACGGUAUAUCCAGUGAAGAUAAUUCGCAUACUGCCGCGAAAAGUCCGCAAAUUUUAGUGACUUAGAUCUAGACUCUAGAUGUACAGUAUAUUCAGUGAAGAUAAUUCACACAGCCGCGAAAAGUCCUCGAAUUAUUUUAGUGACUUAUAUCUAGACUCUAGAUUUACUCAAAAUCACUAGAAUCUAGUGAAGAUAAUUCUCACACAGCCGGGAAAAGUCUGCGAAAUUUAGUGACUUAGAUUUAAGGUCCGCAAAUUUUAGCGAAUUAGCUUUAGAGUCUAGAUCUUCUGUAAAUAUAGUGAAGAUAAUAUUCACACAGCAGUGAAAAGUCCGAGAAUUUUCUCGACUUUAAUCUAGAGUCUAGAUCUACUGUAAAUUCAGUGAAGAUAAUUCUCUCACAGCCUUGAAAAAAUCCGCGCAUUUUAGUGACCUAGAUCAACUGUAGAUUUAACGAAAAUAUUGAAAAUAUUUCGCAUGCAGCUGUGAAAAGUCCGUAAAAAUUAUUUCACUCGUAAAAGCCAGGGAAACUAUAUGGUUGAAAAAGAUUCUGCUAGGAAAAAAAACGCGAAUAGGUCUAAUCCCCCCCCCCCCCCCCCAAUCCAAAAGCCAUUUUUUAGUAAGCAAAUGUCAACUAAACAUUCAAAUAGACCUAUAUUGCCCUACAUAUUACUGGCUCUGUUUAUGAGAAGGAUUUAAGUUAGCUAAUAAAAGAAUAAAACGUUACCUCAAAUGCACACCAUGACUCUAGUAUCUAUAAGAUACACAUAGGAACUAAUAAUGUACAUUUCCAUCACAGAGAAUACACAUUAUGAUAGCAUUUCUAAGAAUGUUUCUUAUUUUAAAAAAUGGAAAAGCAACCAUUUGUAAUGUUUUGAAAUAAAUCUUUGAAAAAAAAAUGGUUGUUUGAGGUUUUGGGAUGACAGUCAAGUUGUUACUUGAUUAAAAGAUAACUUUCAUUACAUUUUCUGUGGACAUACCACAGCUGAUAACAUUGUUUCUGUGGCAUAUUGGCAAGAUAUUUAUUUUAAAAUCAAAUAACAAUAAUUGAUUUGAUAAAUGCUUAGUUUUGUGUAGGUUUUACUGUGUAUCACACAAACGGAUAGGAAACACACACACACAUCAUACAUUUCAUCCUUAAAAAACCUCCUAAAAUCUCCUAAAAUUUUGUCAUGGAAAAGUGCUACUAACCCUGUACACAUAUAAUCACUCUAAAAAAAUUAUUUCUAAAAUAGAUAACUGUCUCUAGUAACCUGCUAGUGGACCAUGACCAACCUUUUUCUAUCUUGCUUUGUAUGAUAUAAACUUUCCUAGAUUUGACUUUAAAUUGUUGUUCUAGUCAUGUCAGUUAUGCUAUAGGCUACUUUUAAUUGCAUAUGUUAGACAACAAUUGUGAAAACAAGAGUACAUAACAUUUUCUAAAGAAAUUUUCAAUAUUUUGCAUUUUGAGGGGAGCAACAUGGCUAUUGAAAAGCAGAGACCAUACAAACCUCAUUAGAUGAAGAGUUUUAUUUUGUUGGUAAAGUCCUUGGUUUUGAGCCAGCAGAGAAACAUAGAAAGCUCUAUUUUGACAAUAUAUAAAGAGUGACUUUAGCUCAACUCCUCACUAAGCUUUACAGUCUGUGACAUUUUUUUGGUAAAACUUUUAAUCAGAUUUAUGUGUGUAUACUUAAUUAUGUUAACUACAUGUAUCAAGAAUACUCAAUUCAUAAAAAGAAGCUGCUUUAAAGGAUUAAAGAUAACUUUGACCCUUUUGAGAAAACAAAUUGAAACACAAGAUUUUGAAUUAAUUUUGUAAUUCUUUUAUAUUUUUUUUUUCUGAAAGCCACAUAACGACACAAGUAUUUAUUCAAGGUUUUGAAUGUAUGGUAUACUGUUAGGUUUAGUAUUGAGUCAUUCAGUAAAUUGUUUUUGUUUUGUGGUUUUUUAAUAAAUGAAUAAAUGGAAGUUUAUAUAAUGUGUUAUGCUUAUAUGUAUGAUUUUUUUUUACUGAUCUAAUGAAAGAAACUUGAGGAUUUUAAUUUUUAUUCCUUUUGAAACAUGUAAGGAAUAUUAGAACAUUGGUUGGCAACAUUAUUAGUGUAGAAAUGUAUUUCACUUGGUAGCCAAGAAUGCUUAUAACUGAGAUGACAUCACUAAUAGUGGUUAACAAGGGUGCCAUGUUGUCAGCACAAUAACCAGCCGCCUUUACUUUUUCCUAACUCAUAUAAUAAUAAUAAUAAUAAUAAUCUUUAUUAUCCUUAAGGAAAUUUGUCUUACAAUUUGUGCAUUACACCAAACAAAAAACAUUAUAACUAUAAGAAACCAAAAUGUACAUUCACACCAGACUCACUCAUAAUUUACAUGUGACAAAGUUUAUGCCAGAUUGUUCUUAUUUAAUGAUUUGAUUGCCAGGGGAACAAAAGAGUGUUUGUGUCUGUUUGUCUUUGCUAUCAGUGUCUUGUAUCUCUUUUGUGAUGGUAAAAUCACAAAAUCCUGACACAAAGGGUGAUUCUUUAUUUCGAGGAUCUUGUUAGCUUUUUUAUAGAUGUUUGUCUCAAACAACUGCCCAAAUGGGGUUUGUUUUUUGCCAAUGAUUUUGCCAGCAGCAUUUAGGAUUCUAUGAAGUUACCCAUUAGAGCUGGGUGGACUCGAAGGCACCAUAAAGAUCCCAAAAUUAAAAAUACCCGUCUUCACCAGGAUUUGAACCCAGGGUCCUCCUGUUUGGAAGUCAAGUGCUUUACCACUCAGCCACAUGCCUCCGUUAAAGGCUAGAUUUUGUGACAAUUAUUUUUAGGAGAGAGAAUGAUGUAUGCACAAAGUUGUAGUUUUUUUUAUUUGUAUUAAAUUUAUUUGUAUUUAACCACUGACUUAUUAAUCUCUGAAUUGUCAAAUUUAAGUUUGUAAUCAGUUAGUGUUGACCUUGGCUUGAUAGGCUCAAAGGAUUAACAAUAAUAAUAAUAAUAAUUAUAGCUUGUAUGUAGUGCUACUUUCAUGCUUACAGCAUGCUCAGAGUGCUGUGUUCCAAUCUUAUGUGUGAACCAGUAGGGGGGGGGGGGGAAAUUUGGGAGAGGGUUUUCCGUGCUGCCUUUGGGUACUCAGUAAACAGAACUCUGCUUGAGUCGUGUGUUGAACCUAGAGUCACCUUGAUAGGUAGCCGAGCCAAGCCAAGUUCAAGCAUACUUAGCCUCUUGACCACGCCUCCACAUUGAAAUUAAAUUGUAAAUGUUAAAUAUUUUUAAAAAUGUAAUACACAAUUUGAUAUUUAUGAAAUAUUUAAUACAGAAUUUGAUAUUGAUGAAAAAUUUAAUACAGAAUUUGAUAUUGAUUACAAAAAAUAAUACAGAAUUUGAUAUUGAUA